AUGAGGCCUCCCACGAUACAGCGCCGGGCGGCGGGGCUUUCCCCUUGCAUCCCGGCAGCCACUGGCAGUCACAUGCAGGCCGCCACCGCCGAGCCACACGACCGGAGACGCGUCAGCGCAGCGCUGGGCUGCACCUCACAGAUGGCGAAGGCGAACGACAACCUGCUGCUGGUGCGCUGGGACCAGCACGAGGCGCAGCUGCUGGAGCGGCUCUGCGGGUAUUUCACAGAGAACGCGUUCGUCGACGUGACGCUGUGGUGUCCGGACCGCCGCUUCAAGGCCCACCGCGUCCUGCUCUCCGCAUGCAGCGAUUACCUGGAGCGCGUGCUGCUCGAGCAGCCGAGCUGCGGCGCGGAGCCGGUUACGGUGGUGCUGCACGGCGUGGAGCCGGACGACCUGGGCCGCCUGCUGGACCUCAUCUACAGGGGAGAGGCGCGCGUCUCGGCCGGCGACUUGCCGCGCUUCCUGGAGACGGCGGCGGCUCUGGGCGUGCGCCUGCUACAGUCGGCCGCGCUGCGCGUCUGCGCCGCCGAGCCCGACGCCGCCGCCGCCGCCGCCGCCGCCGACUCCGCCACGGGCCGGUGCUCUCGGUCCUCCACCGCUGACAAGCAGGAGCAAUGCGUCGAAGGAAAAUCCCAGGCCGACAGUCACCAGUCGUCAGGAAAUGUCACCAAUAUGAUACCACCAGCUGUGACAGCGUCGAUUACACCUUUCCUAACUGAAAAACCAUCGGCGACCGUAGACCACCAGCUUACGGAGUCGAAAGUGCAUUUUCCGUCGACGAAGAGCGCAGAACAACGUCCAUAUAGCCCGAAGAAUCACCUGGAAUGUGCAGAGACACUGACUCCACUGCCUUCCCGGGACUCCAUCACGCAGACGGCACCGCAGUGUGACGUAACCAUACCGCAAGUAGAACGCGAGCAGACCACGACGACGUGGAGUACUCCGACAGUGGUGGCGCUGCCGCUGCAGCAACCGACGAUGGACGUGAAGAGCCCGCCGCGGCCGCUGGCUCUGCCGCCGGCUCAGCGCCCGCUGCCGCCCGCUUGCGAGGUCUCCGCCGGAGUCCGGCCGGAUUCGCAGGCUGCGGCGGCACCUGCCUCCCAGGCCGGCGGCGUCAGCGCCAGCACCGGGUACUGCACAGCGGGCGCGCCGCCCAACGUGUGGCAGGUGCCGCCCUCGCUCCCACCGCUGCAGGCCAGCCGCCAGCUGCAGCAGCACCAACCAGAGAUGUCGAGCGGGCCCGACAGCUUCUCCAGCCUGCUGCGCGACGCCGAGCUGCCCGCCGAGCGCCUCUUCCCUCUCAGGGAAAUGCCGCCCCUCCCCUGUCCGGAGGCAGUCUCCAUGACGCAUUCGGGAUCACCUCUGCAGGGACCGUCACAGUCGGACGACAGACAUCACGAAAUGAAGACCGAACGUAGGGCCGAAGACCAGAUGAUCGCAAAAAAUGAGACCCAACAACAGGCAGAUAACAACCAGCAACAGACAGAAGAACAGAAACUGAAGCAACGCAGCAAACCGAACACGUGCGCAGAGUGUGGCAAAACUUUCGCCACACGCUACUCUCUUAAGGAGCACAUGCGCACACAUACAGGAGAAAAGCCCCACCUGUGUGCACAGUGCGGGAAGCGCUUCAGCCAGCGGCGUAAUUACCGCUACCACCUGUCGCUGCACUCCGGGUCGCGGGAGUUCGCGGCCGAGUGCCCCGAGUGCGGCAAGACGUUCAGCAACCGCAGCUACCUGAGCUCCCACAUGAAGAUCCACCGCAACCAGCGCGAGUACGCGUGCGGCGAGUGCGGCAGGCGCUUCAACCAGCGCGUCGCCUACAACAUGCAUAUCCGCAUCCACUCAGGAGACCGGCCACACCGCUGCACCGUCUGUGACAAGGCCUUCUCCCGCAAAGUGCUGCUCAAGCAGCACAUGCGCACCCACACGGGUGAGAAGCCCUUCACCUGUCAGGUGUGCGACAAACAGUUCGCGGACCGCAGCAACAUGGCGCUACACGCGCGCUCGCACUGGGGUAUCAAGCCGUACCACUGCCAUCACUGCGGCCGCUCCUUCUCGCGGAGGAACAACCUACGCUCUCACAUGGUCAGCCACAUGCCUGGAGUCGAACUGGGGACCGCCCAAUACUCGCCAACUGCACCGGGAGCGCCUGCGCCGCAGCAGCGCAGGCUGCAGUCAGCGGCGUUGCGAUCCACCAGCGUCAUCAUCAGGACCGCUACGGCCACACGUGGAGCUAAAGCCAGCCCAGGCGAUGGCCGCGCCUCUACAGGCACAUAAUGGAACUGGUAUGGUGGGGCUGCUGGCAGCAUGCCUUCACUAAAAUGUAGGGUAACAUCUGUCGGCCCAAGACAGAGGAACAUCGUAGAUGUUUCAUAAGAUUACGUGCAGACUGCACGCAUGUUACAGUUGAGCUCCGAGAACUAGUAAUUUCUUCCUCAUGGAUAACGUGGAAGAAGAAGAAAUGAGAAGUUUGUACAUACACGACGAUACCGAAAGAGCAUAAGGGUGAUACACUGUGAGUAUCUAAUGAUGUGUAACGCGUCGGUAGAGUAAAUGUUGCUUGUAGAGACAUAUCUGUAUUUACUGCCAGACGCACAUCAGGUGCAGCAGAUAAGCUGGAAACAAACGUAAUUCUUGAAGAGCGUAAGAAUUAGCAGAGACAGGGGCCAUCAUAAGUGAUCGAGAAGCUUAAACGCUACAAAACUAAUAACUUUUUAGUGCGGUGAUGGAACAGUAGCAGUUUACCGAGUCGUACCUCAGUUUUUAUAACGUCUGACUACGAAUUGAUUAGUAUUCUUGACAAGUGACCAAAGAGAAGAAAACUACACUCAUGGUUGAAGUAAAAAUAAAUACGCACCCCAAAAUGUGUUUCUUAAAUUAUGAAAUUACUUAUAUUAAAAUA